CUCUCACUUCCUCUUACCGUUCAUUAAAAUGGGGCAAAAAGUAAUCAUUGAAAUGCCUACCUGGGAAGGGAAGGAAAGGGAUCACGAAGUGACCUUCAUAGCCGCCGAAAGUUUGGCCAUGUUGAGUGGCUAAUGCGCGGCAUUCAAGGUCGGCUCGAAGCUGUACGGAACAACACGUAAAAUCCCUAGUUCAGAAAAGUCUCCCUGUUUAGUAAAAAUACUCUCUGCUUAAACGAAAUACGAAAGGUAUAAACGGAACAACUGGUGUCAGAAGUGUCAGUUGUGAGAAUGCUUAAAUAUAGCUAAAAGAUGACGAAGGAAUUGCCCAAGUGGGGCUUACCGAUGGAAGAGCAGUCUUCUUGGAUUCUUGGAUGAGCAAGACCUGUGGCGGACAACGGCCAAUUGAUAGCAAUGCUGCAACAGUUGAUGCUGGUCAAGGUUCUGAAGGAUCAAGGUGACCAACAGCAACAGGCAGACGGUGAAUGGAAGUGAAGGAUCAAAGUGAAGCUCAAUCAAAGAAAUUAUAAGCCAUGGUGCAGCGAGCACAAUGGUUUCUGGCCUCGACUUGGACACAAACUUUCCGUGGAUGUCGGGCUGGCAGAGGCAUCCAGGAGACCAUCAGGGAGCCAUUUCUCUUCCAACAGUCUUGUCAUAACUGUGAUUGAGCUUUAUCUAGAUCCUUUACCUGCUGCUGCAACAGGAUCUGUGGCUGUUGGUCACCUUGAACAUACUAAAUUUAUCAAAGUGAACGCACCUGCUAAAAACUGCAAAAAAAAAACAACCAAAAAUAUUAAAAAUAUAAAAUUUGGCUGGACCCACCCAACCAAAACGUUUGGUUUAUUGAUCUCGCCCUAACAACAAGGAAAAUUUCAGGAUCACCAGGGUUGGCAGAUAACGGAUGUAAAUGGAGCUGUAUCUUAAAGAAAAACGCAGACCACCAAAUUGGUCCUCCAACUCCCAAGGUUCUCCUGCAGAACCGCAGAUUGAUACGAACUAUGGAUAGCUCAGGUUCUUAUGCAACUGCAGAGGUUAGUAGCGGUCCUCACAAAGGCAGUAGCAGGUAUCCUGCAAUCCCUUGACCAACUGCGUAACGGAGGUAUACUCCUAACCUCGCAGUCACUCUAAAAACCAUAAUGCUGUCGGACCUAAGGAUCGGAUUCUAGAACGCCCGUAGCCUGUAUCAUAACACUAUUGAGCUGCCUUUAUUUUUACAGCGUUAUAAUAUUGACAUCAUGUUAGUGACUGAAACCUACCUUUACCCAGGGAAAAACUACACGCUCCACAGAUACAGGUGUUAGAGUGUUACACCCAUCAAACAAGGCCAGAGGAUGAGCACCUGUACUCGUUCGGAGGGAUAUUUGACACUAUCAACCUCAGCUCCGACCACCUGCCUCUCAUUGCUUCCUUAUCGACUACUCCGCAGACAAUCCCAGCCAUGACGAGGCUGAAACCCAACUUAAACUCGCAACUCUUACACACAUAUUUAAGGACCGCUCAGGAUGUAGAUGCUGCAGUCGAUACUCUUGUGACCAAAGUCUGUGACGCUUCUGCAUCUGCUACCACCUGCGGCCCUCAAGGCAGUCGAACUUCACAGACUGGAAACCACAGAGGAGGCGCUUCAAGCGAGAUCAUAGGGGUUCUUCCGCUCAAGAAACGACUUAGGCGCGAGUACAUAUGCACCAGUAACCCGCAGGUCGACAGAGUCUACAGGGGAGUGGCUAACCGGGUAAUGAAGAAAUUAACAAAACAGAAAACCAAGGCCACGGAUAGACUGCUUUCGCAGGCCAAAGCAGACGGACACUCCCACAUACGUCCUUUGGAAUCUGACAGCAUGCUACAAGAGGAAACUUAAACCUCGCUUUCCGGUACGGCUGACUGCUCAUGGGCAAGCACGAGAGACUGCUCGCCAAGAUCAUAGUGAUGCUCAAGCCUUAGCUGUAUGAAGCUAUCAAAAACUUUCUAAUGGAGAGGACCGUUCGCGUAGUCCAGGAUGGUGCAGCUUCAUUGACCAAAUUCAUCAAGGCGGUAGUCCUGCCUGAAGGCAAGAGUUCUUCUUCGACCUUGUUUACACACAUUUUUUUUUAAAUCAUCGUAGUUUUACCUUUGACUGUUGUAUAAGUUGCUCUAACAGUAAAAGCAAACUACCUAAUUGUAUCCGUAAUAAUAUUUUUCAUUCAAAUAAAAUUUACACAAAAAGACUUGAAUCGCCUCAACUUGAUCUAACUUAUCUAUAUGAUCUAAAUCGACUUCAGAAUAAAUAACUUAUCUAUCUUUUAUCUAUCUUAAAUUCGUAAAUGUGUCUGUUUAUGCUCUUUCUUUGUGUGGCAGUGAAUAUUUAGCAGGUUCCUUUAACAAAUUACCAUCGCAUUGCUUGAAGGUUCAAUGUCGCUACACCUGCUUUAACGGCCAAGAUAAAGAAAUCGUCAGCGAUAUUCAGUACGCCAUAUCCAAUUCUAAUCAUUCAGAUACGUGUGAUGUUAUUGAAGAGCUUCGUCUAUACAACUAUGAAUUUAUUAAUGCAACAGUGAAGGUCGGAUUCUUAUCAACUAUUGGUGAUAAAGUCAAAAAUAUCUAUAUAGCUAUCUCAAAUAUCACAGUUAUUGAGAGAGGUGCUUUUGGUGGAGGUAUCUUCAAUAACAUUGUUCUUGAGGAUCUUAGGCUGAAAGAGAUUACUAAUGGGUUUUUUAAUAACAUCUCAGAAGAUUUAAAGGGAAUUUCUAUUACUCAGCGGGAAGAAUCCGUACAAUGUAUAUAUCCAAAUUUUCUCGACAAUGUAAAAUUUCAAAUUGAGCACUUAGUAAUACGAGUAGGACUACAAUGUGUAAGAAAUGUCACAGCUCAUGACCCUGUAAUGGGAUUACUCGCCUUUGUUGACUUCAGCUACAACAACUUCAGUACCAAAUUACUUCAAGACACGUUCAGUAAACUAACCAUGGUUGAACGGUUAGUUUUAUCGAAUUCAAAUAUCAAUUACCUACCACAAUAUAUUUUCCAAGGAAUGGAGUACUUAGAGUUCUUGGAUAUAUCACAUAAUAAACUGAAAACACUUUCAAAGACCAUAUUUGGAAUUCGUAACGUGGCACAAAAUGUACGGAUUCUAGCCAACGCUAAUUUAUGGCAUUGCGAUUGUGCACUACAACAUGAAAUGAACUUAAUUUUUGCGUACCAUUCGUCAACAUCGUCAAUGUAUUGCUGGUCUCCAGAGGUAUUCAAGAACUGCUCGGUAUUUGAUGACCGAUUUUGCGAUAGCAAGGAUACCGAAGAAUCCUUAGAAGCUGUCGCAACCACGAUGACAGCACCAGCAAUCACCUCACAAAACUCAAUCAUGAAAUCAACGGAAAGUCCAAUAUACAUACCAACACUGCCGACAUCAGCCACAGUACCUCCUAACGAACUUGUAGCACUGGAAUGUCUCGCACAAAAUCAGACUAGUACCAAGACACAGGAAAAUAUUAGACAACAUUUAUGGUGGCCUCAAAUAAAUUUUUUUCCUAAAACCAGCGGACCACUCACCGUUCAAAUUACAGUAGAAUUGGAAGACCUAAACGGUCUUUCUUUUGGAAUAUUUUGGUUUUCAAAGACGACAAAAGAGUACUAUAUGAUGGAGCUUUUUCCUGAGGAGUACGGGUUGGGUUGUUAUUUUACAAUGCCACUGAAAACGAUUGUAACGGACUUAGUGCCUAACGUUGCUUAUACCUUUUGCCUGAUCGACUCUAAUCAAAAUGGCGUAUCACCUUUUAGUUGUAAAUCAGUGCAUAUAAGCGGAAACUUAGAAGUUUAUUAUAAUUCUUGGAUUUCAGAACAUAUCCGCUCAAAUGGUAUGUCAUGGAUGAUCUUGGGAAUCGUGGCAUUUAUGUUUCUAGGAAUAAUAUUUAUGUUUCUAGUACUAAAGCAAAAGCCCAUUUGGUUAAGAGGCAGCAAACGUGUUAUGAAACCGAAGUGCAGCUCUGGUAAUAUAGUCGUCUUGCCUCGAGGCAACACUGUUGAAAACGUAGAGAGACAAGAAGCUAUAAUUUCGGAAAGUAAGCCAAAAAGGCUACUUUCCUGUAUUUCGAGGCAUAACUCUUCUGAUAGUAUUUCCAGUACUCAAAGCUAUAUGAUCGCAAACCUCUACGAAAGCGUACCAACCUAUAUGACAUUGGACGAAGUUUCUGUAACGGUCGAUAAUGGUUAUUUUUUUGUAGAGGAUACACAAAUACCCCACCGUUCAAAACGACUUUCGAGUGACCCUCUCCCAGCCGUACCAAAUAUGUAAACGUAGUUAUAUCAUAUGUUCUGCUUAAUUUUACUACUUUAUUGUGAAAAUGUUCCAAAUGUUAUUUUUUCACUCUUGAAUAUACAUAGUAUAUAAAACAUGA